AUGUUUUCAAAUUUUACCGACCCAACUUCUGAAACACCGCAAGAUGAUCGCGAUUUCUUCAUCUAUGAUCAGCCAUCCACAAGUUCUUCUUCUUCAUCCGCGAAAAAUCACAAUCGAUUGUCGUUGGACAGUGGAAUUGGUCAGGAUGACACGAGUUUUGAGGAUUCAGCGGUGAAUUUUUGAAAAAUUUGAAUUUCUAGAAGUUUGGCUCGAAAAUCCCGGCUGAAAAUGAGACCUGUGAACUCCAAAAAAAUUCAAAUAAAAUUUGAAUAUUGAAAAAUCAUCAGUGUAAUUGAUUUACUAGAAAUUCAUAAAAAUCUCAAUUUUUUCGGGUAAUUUUAGGCCUAAGCCUAAGCCUAGUUUCAGAACUUAAGGAAGCCUAUCAAGCCUAGAGAUUAUAAGCCUAAGGCUUACGAGGGAAGUGUGUUAUGAGUCCCCGGAGAUUUUCAAUGAGACCUAUGUGUUUUAGGUCAGUUUUUCACGCUGAUAAAGCUCCUGUUUUCAGUUUUUGCUGAACGACUCUCUGAAGAGCCCAAAAAUGAGCCAAAAGUUGAGGAUUUCCUGAAAAUCGCGUUUUUGGGAGCCCAUAACUCAUGUUAGAAAUUAUUUUUAUGGAAAACUGAAUGCAUCACGUUGUUCAGGAGGGUCGAUUUACCAAAGUCACAAAUUUUUGAUUAGUAAGUCCAUACUUUUUCAGAAAAAAAUUUUGUGGCUCAGAAAAUAGGCUCAGGUCAUGGAUUGCACAUUUGAAAAUUUUUGGAAAAUUUUGUCAAAACUUGUGACUUUGGUAAAUCGACCCUCCGGAACAACGUGAUGCAUGCAGUUUUCCAUAAAAAUAAUUUCUAACAUGAGUUAUGGGCUCCCAAAAACCCGAUUUUCAGGAAAUUCUCAACUUUUGGCUCAUUUUUGGGCUCUUCAGAGAGUCGUUCAGCAAAAACUGAAAACAGGAGCUUUAUCAGCGUGAAAAACUGACCUAAAAAACAUAGGUCUCAUUGAAAAUCUCCGGGGACUCAUAACACACUUCCCUCAUUAGGCCCUAAAAUCUAUCUAGUUCUAGGCUUAGGCUCAGGCCUAAAAUUAUCCGAGAAAAUUCUGAUGAUUUUGCACUAGAAAUUCAUGAAAAUCUCAAUUUUUUUUUUUUGAUAAUUUUAGGCCUAAGCCUAAAUUUUAGGGCUUUACGAAGCCGAAUUUACUGAAACCAGGCUUAUUCUAGGCUUAGGCCUAAAACAAUCCAAAAAUUGAGAUUUUCUUGAAUUUCUAGUGAAUCAAUCUGAAAUUUUCUUUAAUUUUCAGCCGGUUUUUUUUGUGAAAAAUAUAAAUUCCAGGAUUUUUGAGUCAAAAAUACACGUGGAAUUUUUUUCCAAAAAUAUGAAUAUGAAUAUUGAUUUUUUGCAGAAUCUGAGCAGUUUCCAAGACACCUCGUUCACCCAAAAUCAAUCAAUAAUCGGCUCAACUUCUUCCGAAUCUCCGCCCACAAAAUGGGCUCGAAUCUCAACAACUCCGCCCAAAACCGACGAUUUUUUCCAAAAACACACCUCGAUUUUCUCGCCGCCCUCAAAUCGUCAAAGACUUGCCGGCGGAACUUUGCGAACUCCAAAAUCAUCAUCAUCGGGAAUAUCGAUUCGAUUAUCAACACCUUCACCAUUUCGCGUAACUAUCUCGAAAACCCCGCUGAAAUUGUCGAAUAAUCAAAAUGUUUCGGAUUUUCAAAUUGGUAAAAAUCGCGUUUUUUCGACGUCGACUUCGAAACGAUGCGUUUUUCCGGAAGAAGAGGAAUUUUUGAAUUUGAGCCGACAACCACAAAAAGGACUUUUGAAUGUGGCUUUUGAGGGGUUCAAUGAGUUGCCGAUAAUGACACCGAGUAAAUUGAAUGAGGCAUUGGAGUGUGGAUUGGAAUUGGAUCAGGGAAUUAUUAUGGAAGAAGAGAGGGAUUUGUGAGUUUUUUGGGGGAAAAAUGAUUGAUUUUGAGCUAAAAUUGUGAAAAAUGAGCAAUUUUAACCGAAAAAUGAUGGAAAUAAUAGUUUUGAGCCGAAUCACUUGAAAAACUAGCAAUUUUUUUCUGAAAAUCGGUUUCUUGAGCUGAAUAUUGAUAUUUUUCAGAUGCUUUUCAGCUACAUAACUUGAAAAAUAAUACAUUUUGACCUAGAAAUGAAUUUCGGCCGAAAAUCUGCAGUUUUUAUUAAAAAUCACUUAUUUUUCAAAACCUAAGCUGAAAAUUUUGAGUUCUAAUGAUUUCUGAGCAUUGCUCAUGUUAAAUUUAGAAAAUCCGAAGCUUGUUCUGUAUUUUUAAGGAAACUGUGAAACUCUAUGAUUUAAUAUGAGCAAUGCUGUAAACAUUUUGAAAUUUGAAAUUUUCAAAAAAAAAUGUUUUCUGAUGUUUUCAAUUUUUAAAAUUUAUGUGUUUUUCCAGGAAACUAGAUUUUCAGGUUUUUGAACCGAUAAAAUUUUUACACAAUAGAAAUUUGAUUUAUUGCUCAUGGCAAAAAUAAAUGGAAGGUUUUUGAUUAUUGAAAUUUCUGCCACGUCAUAGAUCAAAUUCCAAAUUUCAAUAAUUAAUAUGAGCAAUGCUUUUUCUCAAAAAAACGAAGGUUAACAUGAGCAAUACUAAAUUAAUUUGAUUUUCCUAAAUCUGAAAGUUUCACACAGCAUACACAUUAAUAUGAGCAAUCCUCUUAUUUUUCUUUAAAAUUGCCAAGUCAACUCAAAUUCCAAAUUUUAAUGAAAAUUUAUGGUUAAUAUGAGCAAUGCUCCAAAAAAUUGGAUUUUCUGGAAAUGUCGCAAAAAUGAAGGUUAACAUGAGCAAUAUUCAAUUUUUGAGCUUAUCUGGAAAAAAUCUGAAAAUUUAAAAUUGCCACGUCAUAACUCAAAGUCCCUGUUUUUCCAGAAAUUUGCCGUCAACCUCUUAUUCUGCUCCUCCAAUUUACGAAGAUCCAAUGUUUAAUCCAUUUUUGCCGGCCGCUUCACCACCAAAACCGCCUCAAAAAUCGUCGCUUCAAAUUCUCGACAAUCCACAAAGUUUUGCCAUAAUCACACGUGGACCACUAUAUUCUUCUCCUUCUUCUUCUGAUUUUAAUGGUCCCCAGCAGCCAAGACUUGGACCGAAAACGAAAAAAGUGACAAUAAUCACACCCAGUGAAGAGGAGAAUUUGGAGAAUCGAGCGGCGAAACGAAAAAUUCGCGAAGAAAUUGAGGAGUGGCGAAAUGUUGCGUUUUUGACGCCUGAGAAGGAUUUGGCUGUGGUUAGUCGGGGGAAAUUUUGAAAAAUAUGCUUUGGAGCCAAGAUUUUGGCACAUGGAAUUUUUGGCGCUAAAAUUUGAGAUUUCAAAAUUGAAAUAUAAAGAAUUUUGAAAUAUUCAAAUUAGAAAAUUCCACGUGGCGAAAAUUUAAAAUUAAAAAAAAUAAAAUUCCACGUGGCGAAAAUUUAAAAUAAAAAAAAUCAAAUUUUUAAAUUUUCGCCACGUGGCAUUUUAAAUUUAGAAGUUUCUAAAUUUCAACUUUUUUAAAUUUCAAAACCCCAAUUUUUUUUCAGAACUCUCCUCAAUGGAUCGCAAUAUCAACGGGUCGAAGUUUAGCGCAACGCCAACUUUUUUUCUAG